AUGGUUUUAGUUAAACCGGGUUUAGACUGUGAAGACUGUCCAGAUUUAGAUAGUAACUGUGAAAUUAAAUGGGUGAAAGUCACAACUUCAAAACAAUGUAAUAUACUAGUCGGUGCAUUUUAUCGUGAACCCAAGUCUCAAAUCGAAACACUGAACGAACUUGAUAUCUCGCUUGGAAAAAUAGGAAAUAGUGAAAAAUAUCGGAACUGUAAAAUUUUCCUUGGUGGGGAUUUUAAUUUAGGAGAUAUUGACUGGGAGUAUGGUAAUCCUACGUCGGGUGCUAAAGAUAAAGCACAUUGUGAAAAAUUAUGCUCAAUAUUAAAUUUGCACUUUAUAGAACAGGUAAACUUGCUACCUACGAGAAUGAAUAGAACUCUAGAUCUUUUUAUAACAUCACACCCAACUUUGAUUGAAAAAUGUUCCACAGGACCUCCACUCGGUUUAAGUGAUCAUGAUUGCCUGUUUGUUACAUCAAAAUUACGUGCAGUUACCAACAAGAAACAAGAUCGAACUGUUUAUAAUUAUAAAAAGGCAGAUUGGCAAAAACUUAAAGAUCUGACAAAUGAAUUUAAAUCUGACUAUCUAGCUAAAUACCAGAAUAACAGUGUAGAUACAAACUGGGUCAACUUUAAAGAUACACUUUUCAGAAACAUGGACAAAUGUAUUCCAACUAAAAAACUGAAAAAUAAACAAGAUAUACCAUGGUUGCAUAAAGAUACAAAAAGAAUGCUUCGUAAAAAAAAGCGUCUGUACAAACGCGCGAGGAAAACUAAAUCGAGUGAAGAUUAUGAGGAAUUCAAACUUUUCCGAGUGAAAGCAAGGAAUAAACUGCAUAGUGACUAUCAUAAAUAUUUGAACAACCUAUUAGACCCGGAACAAGAUUCAACAUCAAAGAAAUUUUGGAAAUAUAUAAAAGCCCGGAAACAAGAUUCAGUCAGUAUAGGUACAUUGAAAUCCCAGGGUGUUAUAGCAGAUAGUGCAGAAUCGAAAGCCAACCUUUUAAACAGUCAAUUUAGUUCGGUAUUCACAAAUGAAAACUUAAAAAACAUUCCAGAUAAGGGACAGUCCCCAUACAUACCUAUGAAUGAUAUUAUCAUCAGCGAAAAUGGAGUAAAGAAAUGUAUUGAACGACUAAAUGAGCAAAAAGCAAGUGGUCCGGACAAAAUUCCCAUUAAAGUGUUAAAAACAUUAGCAUUUGAACUGGCGCCCAUUAUGACUAGUAUUUUUCAGCAAUCAUUGUUAACUGGUGAAAUUCCUCUGGACUGGAAACAAGCUAAUGUAGUUCCUAUCUUCAAGAAAGGUGAUAGAUCAAAACCUGAAAACUACCGCCCAGUCUCUUUGACAGUCGUUGUAUCAACAAUUCUUGAACAUAUAGUUGUGUCACAAAUUAUGAAUCAUCUUGAUUCUCAAAGUAUUCUACAUGAAAAUCAGCACGGAUUCCGCUCGAAAAGAUCUUGUGAAUCUCAACUAUUAAUGACAAAUGAUGACAUUGCAAAAUCACUUAAUUCCGGUACACAAGUGGAUAUGGCAAUCUUAGACUUUUCAUUUGAUAAAGUUUCUCAUAGACGUUUAUCACACAAACUAGAGUAUUAUGUAUUUCCGGUAAUACUAGGCGUUGGAUUGAUUCCUUUUUAUCUAAUAGAACACAACAAGUAG